UUUAAUUGUACACAGACAAAUAAUAUACAACAAGAUGAAGAUCAAUGCGAAAUACUUACCUCAAGUGUACGCUGCGACGCUACUUUGGGAGCCAUGGCUAUGGGGGCGGUCAUUGGAUGGUCGUCGCCCGCCGUUGUUUUGCUGGAAGCCGGAAACUUCUCUUCUCCAUUUCCGGUGACCAAAGCCGACACGCAGACUUACGGGUCGAUUUUCGGCAUAGGCGCGGCAAUCGGCGCUCUGCCCGCCGGCUCUAUGGCUAAACUAAUGGGACGUUGCAUGAGCAUGGUGGUUUUCGAAAUCGUCUUGUUCGGCGGUUGGGUAUGUCUAAUCGUUCCCAGAGGCGUGUGGAUGCUGAACUUAGGCAGGACGCUGCAAGGGAUCGGCGUGGGCGCCUUGUGCGCCGUCAUUCCUAUGUAUGUCGGAGAAAUUUCCGAACCCACUAUAAGAGGAAGAUUAGGCGCCAUAUUCGAAGUCUUGGUGGUCGUCGGGGUGCUGUACGCGUACAUCGCCGGAGCGUACUUCAAUUACUUAACGCUUUGUAUACUGUGUGCAAUGUGGUCGUUGAUCCAUUUGGUUGGCGUUCUUUUAAUACCCGAGUCGCCGUAUUAUUAUCUGAACAAUCACAUGGAAGAAAAAGCUGUGAGGUCGUUGAAGAAACUCCGAAGGUCCAACGCGGACACGGCACAAGAGUUGGACGAAAUCAAUAAAGCUAUCCAAGACGAAAACUGCCGUCAAUACACUUUCAGCCAACUCAUGUCAGACGUCGUCAAUCGCAGGUCUUUGCAAAUUAGUAUUGGUUGCAUGUUGUUCCAGCAGACCAGCGGCAUUAACGUAGUGAUAUUUUACAUGAACGACAUAUUUUCAUCGACCGGCAGCGAGUUGGAUCCUAACACGGCGUCUAUCACCGUUGGAUUUGUCAUGUUUUUCAUGACACUAGUGACAAUGGUGCUGAUAGACAAAGCCGGCCGCAAGGUAUUGCUGGCGAUUUCGGCUUGCAUUAUGGCUGCCAGUUACAUGUGUCUGGGUGUUUAUUACAUGAUCUACAAGGACAAUCCUGAGAUGGCCAAGUCGAUAACUUGGCUUCCGCUUUUGUCCAUCGCAAUCUACAUAAUGGGAUUUUCCACAGGCUACGGCGCUAUACCCUGGGUGGUGAUAGGAGAGAUAUUCUCCAACGAAUUGAAACCUUACGGCACCAGCAUUGUUACCGCAGUUAAUUGGAUACUCGUGUUCCUCGUUACGUACAUAUCAAAAGACUUGCCCAAAUGGGUGGGCAAUCACGGCACGUUUUUCACAUUUAGUGGCUUCUGCGUGUUAGGCGCAAUUUUCGCUUUACUUAUCAUGCCCGAAACGAAAAACAGGAGCUUGGCCGAAAUUCAAUUGGAUUUAGCGGGUGAAAAAAUACAGGUAGACAGCAGAAUUUAAAGACAAAAAAAUAAGUAAUUUAAUCACACGUUGUUCGCGACAUCUGGCCUAGAACUUUUGUUAUACUUAUUGAAAUAAUAAUUGUUUUUGAAGUCUAGUCUGAUAAAAACAUUGGGAAGUACAGUUUUAUAAACGUACUUGUUUACUAAAAUACCUAAUUGUUAAUUUAGAAAUUAUUUUAGUAUUAUUAGACACAUUAUACUACAAUGUGUAUGUUAU